GGCGCCCGCGUUUCUCUUCCCCAUCCCGGAUCUCGGUGAGAUCCCGUGUUUACCGCAACCCUAGGUCGCGGAACCUGGACGCCGCCCGCUGGGGUGGCGGCCCUUUCCCUGUGCGGGCGAAGAGCCCGGCCUGGCUCCCGGGUGUCCGGAACUAGAGGCGAGGGCCCGGUUUCCAGCCGUUCCGGGUGAGGAGCACUUCCGGGAACUGAGGCGCACGUGUCGGGACGCACGUGGGUCGCUUCCGGGGUCGCUCUCAGGGCCGCGGAGGCAGGUGUUCCUCCCGCUGGUGAGUUGGGGCGCCGGCCUGGGACUGAACUCGGCUGUCAGAGCCCGGAGGUGGUGCGACGCGCCUUGGGUGAGCACAGGGGCCGGGCUCGGCGAGGGUGGGGGCUCCGGCCGCCGCCGCCCUCUGCUGUCAGGCCCUCGGGACCCUGGACAGUGCCGGGAUGGUGAAGGCGCUGACCCCCAAGCGCGCCCCGGGCGACCCGGUGCCUGAGCCAGGGCUUGUCAAGAAGCCGCCACAGAAGAAAAAAAGGAAGAAACGAUUCUGGAAAAACAAAGCGCGCGAAGUAAAUGAAAAACCGGGAAGCAACCCCACGGUUGUCGCCGUGCGACCUCCAAAGGCACCGGAGGACUUUUCCCAAAACUGGAAGACUCUGCAAGAGCUGCUGAAACAAAAAUCACAGGCCCCAGAAAAGCCUGUUGUGAUCUCUCAGAUGGAUCUCAAAAAGCAGGCCAAAAUUAACCAACAGAACAGAAAAGCAAAGAGAGAGGCGAUGGGGACAGAAAAAACAGACCAAGAGGCCACAGGAGGUCCUGUUCCAGGACCCCUGAGGAGCAGGAAGGUGCCAGCACCGCCCACAGAAGCCAGUGGAGCAGAGCACAAUGAGAAUGGAUCCAAGAAAAGGACAAAUGGUGAUAUUUCUCCAAAACGAGGGGACAUCAAACAUAAGAAGCGGAAAGCUAAGGUGACUACAGCCUUGGCUCCAGCUCCGCCCACCGAAGAAGACAUCUGGUUUGAUGAUGUUAACCCAGAGGAUAUCGAAGCAGCCAUAGGCCCAGAAGCAGCCACCAUAGCGAGAAGACAGCUGGGGCACAGUGAGUGCGACGUCACGCUGGUGAAGGAGCAGGCCUUCCGCGGCCUGACGAAAGCCUUGGGCAUGGAUUGUGAGAUGGUGGGCGUGGGCCCCACGGGGGAGGAGAGCAUCGUGGCCCGCGUGUCCAUUGUGAACCAGUUUGGGAAGUGCGUCUAUGACAAAUACGUCAAGCCGACCCAGCAGGUGACCGACUACAGGACAGCGGUUAGCGGGAUUCGGCCAGAGAACCUCAAGCAGGGAGAAGAAUUUGAAGUUGUUCAGAAGGAAGUGGCAGAGAUGCUGAAGGGCCGGAUUCUGGUUGGACACGCGCUGCAUAACGACCUAAAGGUGCUGUUUCUUGAUCACCCAAAAAAGAAGAUUCGGGACACACAGAAAUACAAACCUUUCAAGAGUCAAGUGAAGAGUGGAAGGCCGUCUCUGAAGCUGCUCGCAGAGAGAAUCCUGGGGAUCAGGCUGCAGCAGGCAGAGCACUGUUCAAUUCAGGAUGCCCAGGCAGCAAUGAGACUGUACGUCACGGUGAAGAAGGCAUGGGAACACAUGGCCCAGGACAGACGCCCUGCCGCUACUGCCCCAGACACCGGCAGGAGCCCUGCUGCUGGUGCCGCCGCUCCCGCCGCCCUGUGACACAUCUCCGUCCACAGGCAGCUGUGACCAAAUCAUGGGACAGAUCUAGUCUUCCAGAGUGGUGACAAAUCCGGCAGCAGGGGCCCGGGGCAUGCACGCCGUUGAGAAGAACAGCUUCCCUCUGAUUUUUCCAUCUAAGACCCAGUCCCACCCGCUGGGCGAGCGGGCAACAUGGGCAGGGCUGUAGCUGGCGGUCGGGUGUCUGUCCUGGGCACGGCCAGGACGUGGGCAGUGGGGACCGAGGUGGGAGCGCCUGGCAGCUCUACACUUGGCUGAGCCCCAGCAUCAGGACAAGAGUUAGGACUGUCACCAUUCACGGGGUGGCAGCUUCACUGGGGACUCACUGUCCCAUGGCAGGAAUCUCCCAGCUGUCCCCUGGGUCUGCAGCGCUCUCCUCCAAGGAGGCCCCUUCCCUUGUUGCCGUGGGCAAUGUAAGGAACCCGGCCAGACCAGAGCCUCAGCCUCAUAGAGGACUUUUCUGUGGCCGCCUUUGGCCUUAGAUGUCAGACAGCGUGUCCCUCUUCCCACCCCACUACUGCCCGCCAGGCUUAAACCUUGAGGUCAAGCCCACAAUGUGACCAUGCCAGGCUCGGGUUGCCCCUGAGCGUAGUGACAACAGUUAUUCCCGGAGGUGGUACCUGUCCCCGGCUAGGACAGACAUGCUGACCUCGGGCAAUUUGAGCUGGGACAGUGAGGGUCUUUAUGAGAUGGGAGGGGGGGUGCAUGAAACCCAAGGCUUACCUGCACCUCCUGACGGACAAAAGGCCCAAACCCACUGAGGAAAUUAUUAAACAUAAAUGCGGUUUUUAUUGAGAUGGA